AUGAAGGUGGCUGUUUGGGGAGUGACGGCAAGGCGACAAAGGGAGGAGGGACAUGACAAAGCAGCGAAGCGCGGCGGUGAGCCAGAGUGUGACGAGGCAGAAGAGGAAGGGCGCACGGAUGCGAUAGAGGAACUCGGGAAUGGUCUCGUGCGCCAGCCUGUGGAGAGGGUUCAUUUCCUUGACGGCGACUUGGAGGGUCUUGCAGAAAUCCUCGCAGGUGCGCUUGCCUUGGUGGCCGCUGGUGGAUCCGGCGAGGCUGUGGACGUCCCUGUGGACGAAGCCGUACCGGAAGAGUGUGGGCGUGGUGGAGUCGCAGUCCACGAUGGAGGGGCAGUGGGCAGUGUGAGUGGAGUUCGGGGCCAGUGGCCGUCGCUUGGCUGUGCAGUCGUUGGCGCAGCUCCUGGCGUGGCAGUUGGACGUGGCGUCGGCGCAGUUGCGCUCGCAGUCUCGCAGCAGCUCUUGAAGGAAGUCGUAGAAAGUCUCCGUGAGGUACACCACCCAGGAGAGGUAGAGGUGGGCGUGUGCCUUGGAGAAGGUGGCACGGACGUCGUGGCCGAGGGGCUUGAGUGUGCCAUGUUCCUUGGUGCGGAAGAUUGUACUGACGUCCAGUGUCACGCCCCGCUGCCGGAAGCACGCGUCGCCGACGGCGUCCUCGAAGGCCGCCUUACGGUGCUCAACGCCGUCACUCCACUCACAUAUGAAGUUGUAGUAGAAGGCGAACAGGUCGUCUGGCGUCCGGGGCGGGCGGGUGAGGAGGCAAGUCAGGUAGCCGCAGAGCCUGGCGAGGGGCGACGAUGCGCCGCCGCAGAAGGCGCCGAGGACGUCCAUGAUGCUUCGGCCUUGUCCAGCACGGGAGGCCAACCUGCCGGAGCACUUGACACAGGUGCCGUCUGCCGACAGCUGGUGAGGCAGGAAGCCCACCAGGCCGUCCUCGAGGAACGACUGGAGCGGCGACUUGACGCCGCACUUCGGAUGCUGAUCACAGCGUUGGUUACAUAUUUGGUUGUGUGUUUGGUUGCACUGUUGGUCACACAUUUGGUUGGCACACUGCAUGGUGUUGCACUUCCAACUGGAGCCACCGACGUCCCGGCCGUACCAGCAGUCGAGCCAUCCGCCGUGCCGGGCGUUGUAGAGGCACCGGCGGUAGAGGAAAUGGAGUUGGUGGUGGAGGCGUUUGAUGACGUCGAACAGCAGGCAGAGCAAAGCGUCGGCGUCGCCGGGGUAGAGCAGGCCUCCCGGGUUGGUGUUGAAGUCGCAGGCGUAGAUGCCAUCUGCGUGGCCGUAGCCGAGUAA